CUUGAGGAGAAAAUACAAGCCAAUGGUUGCAUCACCUGGCUGAAUCUGUCUGAUAUUCUUUAAGCCUGUUGUGCUGCCAGUCUGCCACUGAGCUUCAGUGAACAUCUGCUUCUGGGUGCCAGCAGGCAAGCUCUAGUGGAGGGACCUGGUAUCUCCCGUCCCUGUGCAUCUCUGAGGCUGAGGAGUCCGUUUGGCAUUGGGAGAAAAGAGAAGCCAACUGUAUUUUCUUGUCUUUUCAUUCAUUCACUCAGCAAAUAUUUAUUGUGUAUCUACCAAGUACCAAGAACUGUGCUAGGCUCUUGGGAUUCAUCACAGACCAGAUGAGAAUCCCUGAGUCCACGGAGCCCACAGCUUUGCACUGGGUGUUCCCUCUACCUGGGCCAUUCUUGUCCUGGAUGCCACAAUGAAUGAGUAGACACUUGGGCCCCCCGCCCCUACCUGCUGUUAAAGAAGCCUGGCCCAAGAGCCCUCAACGUGGGGCAGCCUCUGCCACUCAGUUUGCCUCCUUCCAUCUCAUGUGCCCUGCAGGACUACGAGAAAGCCCUGUUCUUCCCCUGCAAAGCCGCAGAGCUCGUCAACGACUAUGGCAAAGGCUGGAGCCUGAAGUACCGGGCCAUGAGCCAGUACCACAUGGCCGUGGCCUAUCGCCUGCUGGGCCACCUGGGCAGUGCCAUGGAGUGUUGCGAGGAGUCUAUGAAGAUCGCACUGCAGCAUGGGGACCGGCCACUGCAGGCGCUCUGCCUACUUUGCUUCGCUGACAUCCACCGGAGCCGUGGGGACCUGGAGACAGCCUUCCCCAGGUACGACUCCGCCAUGAGCAUCAUGACCGAGAUCGGAAACCGCCUGGGGCAAGUGCAGGCGCUGCUGGGUGUGGCCAAGUGCUGGGUGGCCAGGAAGGCACUGGACAAGGCUCUGGACGCCAUCGAGAGAGCCCAGGAUCUGGCUGAGGAGGUGGGGAACAAGCUGAGCCAGCUCAAGCUGCACUGUCUGAGCGAGAGCAUUUACCGCAGCAAAGGGCUGCAGCGGGAACUGCGGGCGCAUGUCGUGAGGUUCCACGAGUGUGUGGAGGAGACGGAGCUCUACUGCGGCCUGUGUGGCGAGUCCAUAGGCGAGAAGAACAGCCGGCUGCAGGCCCUGCCCUGCUCCCACAUCUUCCACCUCAGGUGCCUGCAAAACAACGGGACCCGGAGCUGUCCCAACUGCCGCCGCUCAUCCAUGAAGCCUGGCUUUGUGUGACUCCCGGCAGCAGGUGUGGGCUUCCUCCUCGCCGCUCCUGCUCCUUCUGCACUGCGCACUGGAGACCCGUUUACUACUGGGGCGGCUCCCAGCAUGUCCUCACCACAGCCGGGGCCUUGGGGCCUGCCCACGGCUGCUCCCCUGGGCCCAGCUCCCCUCCCUGCCUCUUUGUACUUUGCUCUUCAUAGAAAAAUAAACUGUACCUGG